AUGGCUCAGCUGACCAGUGGCUUCUGCUCCACGUUUGGCUUCCUCUGCUGCCUCUUCUUCCUUUCAGCCUCUUGGGAGGCAGGUGCUAACACAUUUCAAGAACUUCAGGAGACUGGUGAAGCUUCAACAUCUGAUCAUUUACUCACCCUGACUCCAGGCCUUACUCACAGGGCUCCUUCUGCCCAUGCUGAUCUGGACUCAGGACAACAGCCUCCAGGCCUCCCCAAGCCUACAGCAACCCAGAAGCCCAAAAAACAGUGCAACAAAGUACACCUUGUCAAACCAGCUCAUAAGCCUAUAGACAACUCCAAAGCCAUUGAAUACCAAAACACCACUGUUCAUCAUGAAAUGACUCCUGCUUUAGAAAAGAAUGCCAGCAGCCAAAGCAAAGACCCGAUGAUCCGGAAUGGACGCUCAGCUGAAGACCCCAAAUCCACUAACACAGAGAAAGGAUCAGAGGGAAGUCAUGCAACCUCAGCACCCAGGAGGAGAAUGACGUGUAAGUCUACAACAAGCAAAGCCAGAAUAACGAGGAACUCUGGUACACCAGCCAGACCUGUGGACACCAGCGCUAGGCUAAGGACCACCUCACAUAAACCCAUAUUUCCUUCCCAUGACUCAGAGCUCCGCAGAGAAACCACAUCUUCCUCGGUAAAAUCCUCAGAAGCCCCAAGGACCUCAUACAGGACUCCAAAGAUCCCAGCAACACCAGAAGAGGAAGAUUACAGGACUCCAUUUGCCUCAAACAAGCCUGUCCAAGUGACUACAGAACACAUCAAAGAGACCACAUCAGCCAGUGAAACCACAAGAUCCCAAGCAACACCCACUCAAUAUAAAAGAGAGACUAUAUCAGCCCAUGAGAGGACCUCAAGCACUCAAGUGAUGCCUAUAGAACACGAUAGCACAUCGGCCAAUGAAAAGACGAGACAAGUCUCAGUAGAGUCUACAGAACACCGAGAAGAGGUCACAUCAACCACUCAGAAAGCCACAAGAGUCUCAGGAAGUCCCACAGUAUUCUGGAGAAAAUCCACACUGGCCACUAAGACUGUAAAAACUACAGGAAACCCAGAGAAAACAGUGGCAGCUUUAGUGUCCACGGGACCUCCAGUCAAGGCCACAGAAGACAAGUCCACUGCUCUCUCUCCUCAUUUCCAUAAAACUGAGAGCACACAUCAGGGGCUCGUUGACUCUGUGACAAGUAGAACGGACCUGGGACUCAUCACGUCAGAAGCUCAUCACCCCCAGCAGAACGGCCACAGCUCACCCGGAGACCUCCAGGCUGCUGGGGGGAGGCAGGAGAGCAAUUCAUUCCCUGCAUGGGCCAUAGUUGUUGUGAUCCUCCUGGCCGUGAUUGUCUUGCUGAUUUCUGUUGGCCUGAUCUUUUUGGUUGUCUGCGCAUCUCGAACACGCCCUGUGCUGGCCCAGAACUCAGAGGAUGCCGACUUCGAAGACGGAGGGGGCCACAAUUCCUACCCCGUCUACCUGAUGGAGCAGCAGAAUCUGAAACCAAACCAGAUCCCUUCCCCUCCGUGA